AAGAGCCAAAAAAAGAGGGGAAAAAAUCAAGAAUUGUCAGAGAGAAAAGAACAGAAGACAAACCCCCACCAUCAAAAUUCUAUUGACAAUUUUACAUUGACUUUUGAAGAGAAACCAAAAUAUCAUUCUUCUUUUUUCUUUUUCUCAAUCUUAACCUAGUUUGAUCAAAAAGUUUGAUGACAAUGCCAUUUUGUGUAAAGUUAUUGAUUCAAGAAGAGAACACGCAACAACAAAAAGCUUCCUCCCUCUCCUCUCUUCUCUUAACAUUGAUGUCCUUCUCUUCUUCAUAAUACCGUAUAUUUCUAUCUUCCUAUAUCAACCCUUUCCAGUGGUUUGAUUGAUUGUUCAUCGACGUAUUUUGUUCUAUCUAGGGGCCUAAAAAAUGGCAGAAAGUCAGGUGAAGAAAAGGUGGCGUUGUGGAUUGUUGGGGCUUGUUGGUAGAUGUGGCUUAAGGUCCAAGAGAUCUACAGCUACAAAUGGUAGCCAUAAAAGCACAAUGAGCAGCAGCAACGCCUCCACAGCAUGCACCCCUAAUAUCCAGUUCACUAAAUCUCCAGGUAUCGAUUUAAACGCCAAAAAGCUUCAAGAACACAAAGUUUCACCUGAGCCGAUCCAGUUACCGGACCAGACACAAAGACCUAUUUCAAACCCCUCACCCAAUAAAAACCCUAAUAACCAACAUUUAGACAAUAACGGGAAUCAACAAGAGAGUAACAAUCUAGAGCCGGUCCAACAACAAGCGAAGAAGGUUCCAAGGGAAGCUAUCGGUUUAUCCGGUGAGCUAGAGAGUAUGAUCAUAGACAACCAGAAAGCCAAAGGGAUUAAUGGCUCUAUGGUUCGAGCAUCUUCAGGAAAUGUGAUGUUGUUUGGCAAUCUUGGGAACUUGAAGCAGCCUGGCACAACAGCGGUUGGGAAUAAAACUAAUGUUCAAAACAACGAAGAAAGACCAACAUCAUUAGUUGCACCAACAUCGGUUUCGGAUAACCAAGAACAGCCAGGAUCAUUGUGUAGGGAGGUAUCCACACGAAUGGAUCCAGAAACGUUAAAGACAAUGGCGAACGAAGAUUACAAGAACGGGAACUAUGUAGAGGCCUUAGCAUUGUAUGAUGCUGCGAUAGCCAUUGAUCCAAAGAAGGCUGCGUAUCGUAGCAACAAAAGCGCAGCAUUAGCAGCAUUGGGGAGGAUCCUUGAAGCAGUGUUUGAAUGUAAAGAAGCAAUCCGAAUGGAGCCUCAUUACCAUAAAGCUCAACAUCGGUUGGCUUACUUGUACCUCAGGUUAGGGGAGGUGGAGAACUCAAUAUAUCAUUUCAAGCAUUCUGGUCCAGAAGCAGACCAAGAAGACGUUUUAAAGGCCAAAACGGUACAAACACUUCUCAACAAAUGCACUGAAGCCAAAAGAUUGCGUGAUUGGAACACUCUUAUCAAAGAAACAGAAAACACCAUAGCUUCAGGAGCCGAUGCAGCUCCUCAUGUAUAUGCAUUGCAAGCAGAGGCUUUUCUAAAGAGCUUAAGACAUCAAGAGGCCGAUGAUGCUUUGUCUAGAUGUCCGGUUUUGGAUGUGGAAAUGAGCACAAAAUAUUACGGACCGAUCAGUUCCGCUGGUUUCUUGGUCGUAUGGGCUCAGGUUCAUAUGUCUUCCGGAAGAUUUGGAGAAGCCGUUGAGGCGAUUCAACGAGCGAACAAGCUUGAUGGGAACAACAGGGAAGUAAGCAUGGUUCUCCGGCGUGCGCAGGCGGUUAUGGCGGCGCGGUCUAAAGGCAACGAUUACUUCAAAGCUGGACGGUUUCAAGAAGCUAGCGCAGCUUAUGGUGAAGGGUUAGACCAUGACUCGAGAAACUCAGUUUUGUUAUGUAACCGAGCAGCAUGUCUGUCCAAAAUGAGCAAGUUCGAUAGAGCGGUCGAGGAUUGCACUGCAGCACUCACCGUCCGUCCUCUGUACACCAAGGCUCGGCUGAGAAGAGCUGACUGUAACGCUAAGCUUGGGAAUUGGGAAUCGGCGAUUAAAGACUACGAGAUACUAAGAAAAGAGACACCGGAAGAUGAGGAAGUGAUCAGAGGAUUGUCGGAGACUAAGGAGCAGCUUGUGAAAUGCCAAGGCCACCGUGAAAUGGAUCAGGAAGUUACUGACUGAGGAGUCUUGUUUUUUUUUUUGGCCGUGAACUUUUAACUUCUAAUCGGUGUAAAUACAAAGAGUUUGAGUACUAGUAACAAUAUAGAACAAAGAUUUUA